AUGCUCGAGGAGCUUGUACACUGGACACAAGUGGAGGCAUUGGGCUACGCCGUUCAGGUUUACUCCAAGUACAACAUCGUUCGCGGUGGUGCGAACAUGCUCCAUGCGCAGAUGGAAGGUAUUCGCCAGCUUCUACACCAUGCAAUGGAGUGGGAUUUUUGCAUUUUGCUCAGCGAGCAGGAUUACCCAUUGAGAGGAAAUGAAGUCCUGGCCACCUACCUCUGGGUGCAUCAUGGGACAAGCUUCGUAUCUGUGGACGAGGGUGAAUGCGAACGCGACGUCUCAUACCAAUGUGGAGACCGUGUGAUAUCCUUGUCAGCUGGUCUACAAUAUCCCAAAAUACCCGGCAUGAGAUAUGCCAGUGGAUCGCAAUGGUUCGCAGUGACGCGUGGGAUGGCCUCCACGGUAGCGAGCAGUUUCUCCAAUGCUUCCACCCUGAUUGGGACCAUAUUCCGCGACCUCACAGUUGUAAAGCAGCCAGACGAGAGUUUCUUCCAGGCUGUUGUGUUGAACACGAAGUUCUGCACCAGCUAUUCGGACUUCACCCUCCAUUGGACUGACAAAGACAGCAUGCGCGAAGUCCGAAGCUUGACCAGCGAAUAUAAUAUUUUAUCCCCGGGCGUUCUGGGGAACUUGAAGGAUUUCGCAAAGAUCGACGAAGUCCGGAAACAAUCUUUGUGGGCUUUCUUUGCCAGGAAGUUUGACGACAGUCCGGAAAGCUCUCAACUGAAGGAUCGGUUGGAUGCCGAGUCCAGCCGGCAGUCUCGGCCGAAGUGGAUAAUGGCAAGCGUCCCUUCCGUCGGAAGAGUGGUAGAAGUCCUGGCCAGUUCGCUAGCGGUGGUCAAGUCUGUCAAGCGCUUGCAAAGAAACCAUGACGGCAUUUUCAAUCUACAGACUUUGCAGCUGCAGCUAGAGCCAGGACAAGAGAUUCAGGUCCGCGAGAAGCUGGCUACGCCGAAAUUGGCCCAUCCGCUACUGGCACUGCGGGUUGGAUGUGAUUGGAACAAAACUGAGCUGGUUUUCGAUGGGGAUGUGUCUGCCGUCUCGGCAUCCAGUACCGGUCCCCAGAGCUGUCCAAGCUUGUGGGCUGUUGCACACUGGCGCAUGUCGAAGAAGCCGAUCUCACAGGAGCUGGUUCUCGUUUGGAUCGAUCCCCGAGGGACACCGAUGCAGCACGCGCCAAUAUCGAUUUCGGAGCAUUCUGUGCUUCUUUGGCAUCGGUACACAGCGACUCAGCCACUUCCGCAGGGCCAGUGGUCUCUGGAGGUCAGAAGUAACGACCAUGUUAUCGCACGCCGGCAUUUCUUCGCCUAUGGCGAUCCUUCUGAUAUCCCAUGGCGCAGUGAGGCUCACGUCUCGACUCGGUCUGGUCGGCUACGCCGCUACGCUCGACUGGCUCCUGCUGUGCUGUGCUUCGACGGAGUGGAGCAUCGGCUUCAGGCUUCAGCAAGCUGGACAUCGUCCCCUCUCGGAGUGGUUCCCGACGUUCCCGACCCAUUUGGGCAGCUGACUGCUGGCAUCCUGUGGCCCACAUGCCCGCAUCGCUCUGUAGUCGUGGCAGCGCUGUCGCUGAGGGCAAAACAGAAAGAGUGCUUGAGCCUCCCGGUAUCCUUUUUUGCUUACCAGAGUUCCAAUUCGGUGCAGGUGGCGUUGCUCAACCAGCAGCUGUAUCUCAAGCACGAGAUGAACGUUUGCAAGAACUGGGUGCGCUUGUUGUUCAAGUUCACAGCUCCCCUCACAUUGCUCACACGCACAGGCUGGCUCAAGUCAGUUAGCAGGAUGCCGACCCCAUUUAACUUGCCCGAGCCACAGCAGCCAAGCGACAGCAGCUCGUGGAAGCUGUCCAGCAUGAACCUGCUGCAGGCAGUGCUGGGAAAUGCAUCAGGACCUGAUUGGACUACGGCGUGUUCUAUAACGGAGCAUGAUGCCGCUAUGCUGAAGAUGCAGGAGUCCUCCUUUCUGGGCGUGGAAGGAGCUACAUCGCUGAAGGCUGAAAUUACUGGUAAAAUUCCGGAACUGAAUUCCGCGGCGCACUACCGAUCUGCACGCAAGCUAGUGCAGGACCUGGGGGGCGCACCCGCUUUGAAAGAGGAGCUGAUCUAUUCAGGGUAUGUGGACGGCGAGACUUCGAAGCUGACGCUGCUGGAUCGGCCGAUGAACAUUUUCGCUUUGCUGUCAAGCGGCACUAUGAAGCAGCCAGAAUCUGAAGCCGAGCAAGACAUGCUUGGCACGUUCAAGGGGAAGUUCAUGAUAUGCCGGAACAAGCUGGAGAAUGAUAUCAAUUGGGACAACCCGGAUAUGAAGUGGGUCAAGACGUCAUCUAUGGCACGUUUGCAUCGCUUCUUGACAACGCGAGAUCUACAUUACCAGUGGUUCAACCCCUUGAUCUUUGGACUGGUUCCACCAGAUGACGACGGGGUCACUGCAAGGUCCGCAUUGGCGGAAGUGGAGCAGAUGAAGUCUGCGGCUCUGCUGUUUGCGAAGAAUGCAGGCUGGUCGGACAAGGUUGGCCUUUUUGUGAAUGUGUUCGGGCACAACAACGUGAAUUCCUUGUUCAUUCACGUAUUAGACAUGUCCGAGCUUGGACCUGCAUUCAGCUACCAUUCGUUCAAGAACUGCCCACUGGAUGACGUGAUCAAAGUCCUCAGAGAAGAGGCAGCAAGCAAUUUUCUGCCAGCCCCUGUGAAAACCACAGACCUUCCUGGACUCAUGGAGAAAGCAGGGGCCCGUCGGCGCCGCAUGUCCAUGAUUGGCGAAACCCGUGCAGGAGGCGGAGGUGGCAAUUUCUUCUUUGCUGGCACAGACGGUGCAACAUCUGUGAAAGCUGAGGUUGUUGGGCGUCUUCCUAUCAUUAAGGAUGCGGCAAGCUUCCGCGCCGCGAGGAGAAUGCUCAUGGAGGAGCUUGGAGGCAUGCCGACCCUCAAGGAAGAGCUGAUGAGGUCAGGAUUUAUUGAUCCAGUGACUGGCAAUCUGACCACCGGUACUCGGCCGUUCAACGUUUUUGCCAGGAUUGCUGGCGGAGUGAUGACGCAGCCAGGUAUGGACAAAGAGCAAGAGUACCUAGGAGAAUUUCAGGACCAUUUCAUUGUUGCCUCGAACUUGCCAGCCAACGAUGAGCAUUGGGACUCCGAAGACAAGGAAUGGGUAGGGAAGGCUUCGAUGUCGAAGCGCCACCGCUUCCUGACCGUUCGAGAUCUUCACUGGCAGUGGUUCAAUGUUUUGGGCUUUGGACUUUUGCCCGAGUCGAAAGGAGGUGCCGGACUCGGUCGGGCCAUCGCUUUAAUCGAGGUGAUGAAAGCUGCAGCCCUUCGGUAUGCGAAGAACUGCCCGGGAUGGAGUGAUCGGGUGGGCCUGUUCUACCACGUCUUCGGUCACAAUUCCGUCAACUCCUUACACCUCCACGUUUUGGACAUGGCAGAGCUUGGUCCGACUUUUUGGCACUACGAGUACAAGAAUUGCCCCUUGGACGUAGUGCUCAAGGUCUUGAAGGAAGAGGCCACCUCAAACUCCAUGGGUUCCGAGAGUUAUGGCCUUAUGGCAGAAGUUACAGAGGCUGCCACGGCUGCCGCAAAGGCUGCGGCCGCAGCUGCAGAAGCUGCCCUUUCCGCGCAGCGUCCUAGUGUAAAGGGUCCGAAUGGUGUGGAGAUCCUUACGAUCAAUGUUGGAGGAGAGCUUCUGACAGUGAGCAGGCAGACAAUGCUGCAGGCUCCGGAGGGUAGUCGACUUCGAAUGCUCUUCCAGGACGACAAGCUCCGCAUGUCGCAACUAGAUGCGAAUCAGCGGCCAUACCUCAACUACCCAGCACCUGCCUUCAAAUGCAUCGUCGAUCAUCUCCGGUUGUUGGCGGAGCUUCCGCCAGCGAAUGUGCUGGAGCCUUUGGUAGCACCUCCUUGGCUUGACACACAGGUCCGUGAUCUAGCUUGGAUUCUCGGCGUUGAGAGUAUAAUCGUCAACCCGCAGUAUGGCACGAACUUCGGCACAGCACGAUUAGCGAGGCGAAUAAGCAGGCCGUUCUGGUGCAUGAGGAGGCGGCCUCAGAGCCUGGGCCUUGCCGACAAGGAUGAUGCUGAAGCGGCAGAUUCCAAGGUGUGA